UAAAGCCAAUCACGGGCGUCACACAACCGCAGCGUUUGCGGAUCUGACACGUCGAGUCACACUCGCCAAGAAGUAUUACUCGAGACUCGGGCCGAGCCGGAGGACAUGGACAUCCGCAACCGAAAGGGAGACCGAGUCUAGCUACGACAUGUCAUCCGCCAGCAUGUCUGCCACCUGCCCGUCUCCUCCCCCCCUAAUCCGGUAUGACUGCAGUCGUCCUCCUCCGCGGGGGACCACAAUGACACCCUGGUGUGUGAGUGAGUGAGCGAGCGAGCGCACACUAGACGACGCGGUACCGCGCAGGAUGCUCAUCUCGAACCCGAUUAGGAAGACGCUCCGCAACUGUUGUUCCCGUCCCACGGUGCCGAGGACCGAGCGUUUCCUCCAUCACCCCCCUCCUCCCCUUCUUCCUUCUCCUCCUGCUGAUGUAUGAUGGAGACCUCCAAUGGUUCUGCAGGCAGCGAUACCAGACCGAGCCAGCCGGAGAAGAAGAGACCCAAUCGGGUGCCCUCCCCAGCCAGACCUUUUCUGAAGGACGUGCACGCCCGCGCCGCUAAGCCGCCGGUCAUCGGACCCAAAUCACCCAAACUCGGCAAGCAACAGGGUCCCAACCGCGGCUCCAGGCGCAAUCUCGCAGCGACGAAAGAGAAGCCCGCCGCGGGCGCCCGGAGUAGCACCAAGGCCGGGCUGGUCAAAAGGCCAGGCAGGCUCCCCGGAGCAGAACUUAAAGCAGCCUGCAGUCCGACCCUCACCAAGACCAAGAAGGAGAGGCUCGUCCCGGCGUGCUCCGGCCAAAUCGGACAUGGCUCCCCGGUCCGGGUACCGACUGGUCAUGUCGGUCAGACCGACAGCAGUUCGGACCUGUCGGACUGCCCGUCCGAGUUGGCGCCGGUGGCCAGCAGCGACGCUGAGUCCGGUACCGGCUCCAGCGAUAAGGAUCAACCGGGGUCAGAGCGUCCGUUGCGGACACAACCGCCGGUGAUGCCGUCUACUCUGCUGCCUAAUCCUGCCCCCAAGGCUACGGUGUGUUUGGUCCGGACCGGUCCCGAGAAGAAACCCAAAGGAACCGAGGAAGAACUGCUGAGGGAAAUCGAGGAUUUGAAAUCUGAGAACGAUUAUUUGAAGGAUGAGGCGGAGGAGUUGCGGGCCGAGAUGGAGGAGCUGCGGGACACCUACAUGGAUGAGGAGGUUUACCAGCUACAGGAGCUGCGGCGAGAGCUGGAGCGCUCCAACAAGAACUGCCGAAUUCUGCAGUACCGCCUGAGGAAGGCCGAGCAGAAGGGCUUGCGCGCCGCCCAGACGGGACACGUGGACGGGGAGCUGCUGCGUGCCCUCGAGCAGGAUCUCAAGGUGGCCAAAGACGUGUCGGUGCGCCUGCACAACGAGUUGGAGAGCGUGGAGGAUAAGCGAAGCCGAGCCGAGGACGAGAACGAGCAGUUGCGCCAGAGGAUCAUCGAGGUGGAGAUCGCCAAGCAGGCGCUGCAAAACGAGCUGGAGCGAGCCAAAGAGACUGCGUCGAGGAGACGGGGGAGCUCAUUUAAGGACAAAAAAUCCACCAGCCAGGAGGACAGCGCAGACCUCAGGUGCCAGCUCCAAUUCGCCAAGGAGGAGUCAGGUCUGAUGCGUAAAAAGAUGGCCAAGCUGGGCCGGGAGAAAGACGAACUGGAGCAGGAGCUACAGAAGUACAAGUCGGUCUACGGAGACGUGGACAGCCCCCUUCCCCUGGCCGAGUGCUUCGGCAGCAGCGGCGGCGGCCCUCAUUCCACUCGUGAAGCAGAGCUGCGACUGCGCCUCAAGCUGGUGGAAGAGGAAGCCAACAUUCUGGGGAGGAAGAUCGUUGAGUUGGAGGUGGAGAACCGCAGCCUGCGGGCCGAAAACGACGACAUCCGUUGCCAGUACGAACGAGACUGCUUCGGCAGGGAGCCCUUCUCCAGCAUGCCCUCGUCACCCUACGGCGGCGGCGAUGUGCUCGAGUCGGCCGGCGAGCUUCGCCGUCACCUCCAGUUUGUAGAGGAGGAAGCGGAACUGCUGCGUCGCUCCAUCUCGGAGAUCGAGGACCACAACCGGCAGCUUACUUCGGAGCUCAACCGUUUCAAGUUCAGCACCGAGGACGUGGCGGCGGAAGGACUUUUUAAACCUGCUAAUGGUGGAGGGUUGAUGAUGGAGGAGCUGAAAUCAGCUAGGAUGCAGAUUAAUGACCUAAGCGGAAAAGUGAUGAAGCUUCAGUACGAGAACAGGGUUCUUCUGUCCAACGUCCAGCGUUGCGACCUGGCGGCGCAUCUGGGCCUGAGAACUGGCAGUCCGCGAGACAGCGACGCAGACAGCGACGCCGGCCGGCGGGAAGUAGCCGAGGACGAGGAGGCAGGGCGGCUCCUUCUACUCCAACCCAAGAGGGAAGGCCCGAUUGGUGGGGAGAGCGACUCUGAAGACCUCUUUGAGAAAACCACCACCACCACCUCAGGGUUCGCAAGCAUCCGACCGUCAGACGGCACGGAACUUAACGCCGCAGAACUCGCCAACCGCCGCAGGGAGGAACGAGAAUCCUUUGCCAACGUGAAAAGAGAGGCAGAUAGACUGGGAAAGUCGGUGGACCGUCUGAUCACUGACACGGACAGUCUGAUCCUGGAGGGCGGGCUUCUGGUGACGACGGCUGAGGGUUCUCAGGGAGGAGGCGACUCCCAAGUCCUGGACACCGUCAAUACCCGCAUGAAGGCUUUCCGCACCGAGUUGCACAUCUUCGUGGAGAAACUGGAACACGUUGGCGAUGGACUGAGGGAGAGGACGGAUGACCUGUCCCCGAUGCCAAACCUCACCGAGUCCAGUAGCUUCCUAUCCACGGUCACCUCCAUGUCCCGGGAUUCUCCCAUUGGCAAUUUUGGGAGAGACCUGAUGACAGACUUGCAGUCCGAUCAGAGGGAUGAGCUGGAGUGGCGCAUAGGACAGGAGCGAGGCGUGGAGCCCCACAACCAGAGCAGGGGAGGUGCUGCGGGACUCGCUAGGUACCACAGACCACUGGUUUUAAGAACAGAGCUGCGGGAGGUUCCUGCCCUCGACGUGCAGCUUCGUCCGGAUCACGAACGACGGAUUAGAGUCGCGACAGAUGAACGGGAUACUGCGGUCAUCUCGAUGCCUCAAGAGGACGAUCGUUCACGCUCGGAACCCCAGCGAGCGCGUCUGGAGCUGCCGGGCCUCCUCCAGGGUCCGGAAGCUUCCUGGGCUCAGGAGCGAGCCACCCUGCUGCAAGAAAUUCGCCUCUUCCGACGCAACACGGCCAUUUUCUACAUGAAGCUCAAAUCCACCUUGGUACGUUGGAGGCUCGGAAGCAGGGACGCUGCUUUGCCCGAGGACGGUGCACGGCCUGAGGUGGAGAAGUCGGAGGGCGUCUCUGAGAUUAGUGGAAUGACGCAGCAGAUGGAGGCUGAUGGGGCGCCUGAUGGACACCUGCAGUACCAGCAACAGUUUGGGGAGAACAGACGGAUGCUACAGGCGCUACGCAGCCUGCUUGAGCACUUUCGGGAAGAACUGCGUGAGGAGGAGGUGCGGCGCUGCCAACUGCAGCAGGCUUACGCCAACGACAAAGCCACCUGGGAGGUGAAACGGGCCGAGAUGAAGUGCCAGCUCGCUAAGGUGGAGGAGGAGGCGCGAGGAAGAACGCGAGGCCAGGCUCAGGGGAGUGAAGGGGAAAUGGCGGCCCUGGACUCCGAGUGGGCCGUGAAGCAGGAGCGCGAGGAGCACCGGCGUCUGUUGGCUGAGAGCCACAACACCUCACUGGACCUCCGCUGGCGGCUGCAGCACGGCGAGAAGCGAUGGAGCCGCGAGAGGGCCGAGCUGCUGGAGCACUUUGAGCACCAGAGGCAGGAGUGGGAUGGCAGUACCCGCGAUCUCCACCACAAAAUGGAGAAGCUCCAGAGGGAGCUGAACUGCCGGCGAGGUGAGGGCGCAGAGGACAACGGCGCAUGCAUCGGUGGCCGCUCCCCACGCUCCCCACGUUCCCCACGUUCCCCACGUUCUCCCCAGUCCCCGCGUUCCUCUGCAUCUAUCCUGAUGCCACCGGCUCGUUCCCUCUCCGACUCGGACGCCGUGCUGGUGGAACAAGGAGGGGCUGCCGCCGUGAGGCUUCGAAAGCCCACGGAAAGCCCCUUCCUGGAUGAAAGCCCCUUCCUGGAUGCUCUUACUUUGGAUCCCCUCGCCAGCCUGGAGGUCCCCCCGCCUUGCAGGCUGGAGAGCGACAAGAGAUUCCCCUGCAUGAAGGAGGCCCUCAAUGUGAUAACCGAGAGAGAAGGAGCUUCCGAGUUGUACCCUGAUGAGGAAAUGAGUGGCGGUAGUUUGCUUCGAGCCAAGUCGGUAUGUUCCAUGAGCGACUUCCAGCGGCUGAUGGACAGCUCGCCGUUUCUCCCCGACAAGACGCGGCACGGCGAGCAAGGCCACGACGACGUCACCCCGCCUCUUUCGCCAGAUGACCUCAAGUACAUCGAGGAGUUCAACAAUAAGGGCUGGGACUUCUCGUCAUCGACGUGGGCCGGCAAAACCUCAGAGACGCGGGGGCUAGAACCGUUCACGGAGUCCUUCCAACCGCCCUCUUGGUUCCUCACCACCAGCCCCAGCCUGACCACCACCACCACCAGCAGCAGCACACUUAACAGUAGGGUAGGUAUGGGAGAAGGGGUCCACAUCCUCCAUAGCCCCACAAGAGCUGGGCCAGAGCCAGAAUCUGACGUUCAUUACGCAAAGGGGAACAAGGCCAGAGGUGACGGGGAGACGGCCAGCGGGUCAGAUGAGGUGUUAGCUGGUGGAAGGUGGCCGUGUGGCCUUCUGGAAGCCGGGGGAUUAAGGACUUCCCCGAACCAGUCUCCCAUUUGCUCCACGGUGGGCUACGCCUCCUCCCUGGAGCUCCAGCUGGCUCGGAACAUGAGCGAUGACAUGAAGGAGGUGGCCAUUUCGGUGAGGAACGCCAUCCGCACCGGCCCACCUGGGUCAGUGCUACGUGAUAUAGCGUGUCAAACCAACGGCUUCACCACGCGAGGCACUCAGACCACGCAGACCAUCAGCGUGGGUCUGCAGACGGACCUGCUGAGGAACCUGACCAGCAGCCCCCACCGCUGCCUCACCCCAAAAGGGGGCAGCACCCCCAUUUCAUCCCCCUCGCGCAAUACCAGGAAGGUCCAGUACUCGCCGGUCAUCCAGAGUAAGUUUGAGCGGCCCUGCUGCUCGCCCAAAUAUGGGUCGCCCAAACUUCAGCGCAGGAGCUCGUCAUCCAACAAGGCGGAGAUGCCCAACGCCGGCCGAGCCGCCACCCCUACGACCCCCCAGAAGGGCAACAGCGAGUCGGCGUGGGCACGCUCAACCACUACGCGGGAUAGCCCGGUCCACACCACCAUCAACGACGGUCUCUCCAGCCUCUUCAACAUCAUCGACCACACCCCCGUCGUCUAUGACGCCGUGCCCAAGUUCAACAAGUCCCCCAGCCGCUCGCGCCCCACAACGGCCGCGGAGCCCGGCCCGGAGCCCAGGAGCACCAGGGGCCGCUCCCCCAGCCCCGUGCAGCUGAUAGUGGAAACGCAGGGGGAGCACAACGCUGAAGUGGUCAGCAUUCGGCAGGACCUGUCGGCGCCCCCGGGGUACACGCUUGCCGAGAACGCCGCCCGCAUCCUCAACAAAAAGCUGCAGGAUGAGAGGAGAGUGCAGGCAGGAGGAGGAAGCAAGAUGGCCGAAGCAGAGAAAGCACAGCCUGGAUGCAUGGAGGACCUGCCUCGAUCUCCCGUGGCGCCGCCCUUGGACUCCUGCUUCCUACGGCCGGCCCGCCCAGCCAAUCGCCGACCCCCUUCACGCUGGGCCAACCUCUCGCCGCCGCACUCUUCGGCGUCCGGUAGGAGGUUCACCUUCCCGCCGCCGGGACGGCGUGUGAGCGUCCCGGAAGGCGACCGGGCGUGACACUCGUCUUUCUACCUCUGACGUCUCCCCCUUCAUUCAUUUGCUCCCAAAAAUAAGACUGAGAUGCUCAUUGGUCACCUGAGAAACACCAGCUGACCCCUCAAGGGGAAAAAAAAAAUAAGACAACUUCUUGAAAUGUACUGUAGUCCUCUCCUACAAAGUAUUACACAUCAUCAUCAAUACAUUUUCAUAAAAGGUGCCUCUUCACACUCGAGUUCGUCUUUAGUCCACAUGCGUGUCGAUCUUUUUUCUUAACUUGAAUGUUACGUGUUUGUACCAUUUAAAUCAUACAAAGGACUAUUAUGGCCACACGGAAAAUCAAUAAAUAUAUAUGAGAUUAAAUUAAGAAUGUUAUAAAUGUCAGUCCAAGGAAAUCUAACUUAAUCUUGUCAAAAUUGAGUCUUUAAGUCUAAUACACAACAUUUUCACGGGGAAAAAAAAAAGUUUUAAAACUUUUAAGAUGUGCAUUUUUCUUGGAAACCUUUUCACAAGUAUGACUUGUUUUCUCCAAAUUUCUCUAAACUUUUCAAAUGUUAUUGUGUAGCACUAAUACUCCUUGAUAACAACAGCCCCAACUAAAUGUCCAUCCAAGGUGCCUGUUCACAUAAAUGUCUCACUGGCCCAUGUGUCGGCAUGCACUUUUGCAUUUCUCGGUUGAAUGUUAAGACUGCGUCAAUUCCAAAAUUGGGAACAAAACUUACGCUUCUGUGGUGCGAAGCGGAGACAAAUGAUGAUGUCACCCCCUCCCCUGACCCGAAAGGUUGUUCUUAGUGUAUUUCCGUUUUUCAAAUGAAAACACGGGUGAAGAGAAUGACGAAUUAUGCAUCUGCGUGAGGCAGUUAUCCGUCCAAUAUUUGCAUGACACUAGCACUUUAGUGCACGUACAAGACGAGCGCUCGUCAUUGUUAUAAUCAACUGUUUCUUGUUUUGUUUUGUUUGUUGGAUGUUUUUCUAUAGUGGACCACCUGUCGGCGUGUCGGUACACCUAUGUUUGAACUGAAUGGGGGGAAAAAAAGAAUGUUUUAAAUGAGAAUCUAUGUGAAAACAAUCUAUAGUCGAUGUACAUAGUCUAAUUAUGUCAUUAAACAUGAAUGUGGAUUUACAAGAUGA